GUCUAACAGUGAUCACACACACACCAGAGAACCAAAACAAACGUGUGGAGUGUGUGUCUGGAGGAAACUCGCUGAGGAAAUGGCUGGAACAACAUUCAUCAAAUCCUGCAUCGUUCUCUUCUUGCUUAUUAAUACAGUUUUUUGUCAGGAUUGUUCCCAGCCCUGUGACUGCCCAGCCGAGACCCCUCUAUGCCCUGUAGGGACCAGUCUAGUGCUGGACAGCUGUAGCUGCUGUAAGGUGUGUGCCCGACAGGCGGGGGAGCCCUGCUCUCUCCUGGAGCCAUGCGACCAUCAUAAGGACCUGUAUUGCGACUAUGGAGUCCUCAGUGACACUGAAAUGGGCAUCUGCAUGGCUCAAGAGGGUCAGACAUGCGACCUGGGUGGUGUAAUCUACCGCAGUGGAGAGACAUUUCAGCCCAGCUGCAAGCAUCAGUGUGUGUGCAUGAAUGGGGAGAUCGGUUGUGUACCAACCUGUGCCAGCAACAUACGACUGCCUUCUCCGGACUGCCCCUACCCACGGCAUAUCAAGAUCCCCGGAAAGUGCUGUGAGGAGUGGGUGUGCGACCAGGUCCCUCAAGAAGACUCCUUCCAGUCAGCAAUGGCUGGUAGGUCGACCGCUUAUCGAGAAAUGUCUCAGGGUGUAAAGCCUGAAAGUGCAAGGGACAACUGCAUUGUUCAAACUACUGAAUGGAGUGAGUGCUCUGCCACCUGUGGAAUGGGCAUGUCAUCUCGUGUAACCAAUGACAACGAGCGAUGCCAGCUGGAACGACAGACACGCAUUUGCAUGAUCCGCCCCUGCCAUGUGGAACUGGAGAAGGACAUCAAGAGAGGCAAGAAGUGUGUGCGGACCCCAAAGAGCCAACGUGGGAUGCGUUUUGAACUUUCUGGAUGCCAGAGUGUCAGGGUGUAUAAGCCAAAGUUCUGCGGUGUGUGUACAGACGGCCGCUGCUGCACGCCUCACGCCACCCUCACAGCCGAGGUGGAGUUUCGCUGUCCCGAGGGAGACUCUUUCAGGAGGAAGAUGAUGUUCAUUAAGACCUGCUCCUGUCAUUAUGACUGCCCACGGGAGAACGAUAUCUUCCUUGCCUCCAACUCACGGAGAAUGACUGGGGACUAUGAUAAUGACAUGUGAGAAGCUGUCCCUUGUAACACACACACACACACACACAUACACACACACACUGACAGUCUAGCACAUGUGCACAUGAGGCAGCUCCGUAUUUUACUGGACCCUGAAAUCCUCACUUCCUGUGAGCAUAAAAAUCUCGAAUGUUUGACAUGAAGUGAGCCUUGACUCUGGCUCCACUGAACGUUUCUUCUUUUUUGUAUUUUGUGAAGCUCUGAAAUAAUCUGGCUGUUUGACUGGUCAUGUAUAGGCUACGACAGACCUGAAGCACUGAAAACUAGACAUUGUGGACAAAGAGUUCAUAUGAAUUCAUUUCAUUAACUUUUGCCUCAAUACAGGACAAUAAUGUAAUCCUAUGUAUUGUUUAUGUUAAAUUUGUAAAUUCUCAUUGAGCAUCAUUAUUUACGAUUGAUUUUUAUUAUACUGUACAAUGAGGAUUAAUGUUUAUCAACUGACCCUUAUAACUUACUCUGAUUGCAGAGGUCACUUUUUAUGUUUAUAUCUAAUUGAAGCCGAUUUGUCAAGCAUGAAAAUCUAUUGCGAGUCCCAAAGUUAUUUGGGGCAAAAAAAUUAUCCACUACGAAUGAGUUAUAUGAAUUAUAUUGUUUACUAUUUAUUUAAUAGGAAAUGAAUGGAAAGGAAUUCAACAAUGACGAAAACACCUUGUUGUAAAUACUGUAAGAAGACUGUGUACAGUUUGUACUAAUUUAAGUGUUGUUUAACUCUUCAAUGUAGUUUUGUAUUUGUACUGUCUUACUUUGUUUUCAUUGUAAUCACCUGGCAAUGAUACCAGUGAGGUCUUUUCUAAUCUAAUGCACUUUUAUUUGUUUU